UUUGCCCAGGGAGGAAGUUCUGCAGGAGGGAGAUAAUCGUCUUAAAUCUGUUUUGCCCACAGACAAUGGUGAGGUCACCGUCUUGCAGGCAGGAAGGCAUGAGUUCCCCUUCACCUUCCAGCUCCCUGAGACCCUGGCUACCUCCUUCGAGGGAAAGCACGGCAGCGUUCGCUACUGGGUGAAAGCCAAACUGCACAGACCCUGGUCGACAGUGAAGAAGGUGAAGAAGGAGUUCACCGUGAUUGAACCCAUCGACAUCAACACGCCUGCGCUGCUGGCUCCCCAGGCAGGUGCUAAGGAGAAACUUGCUCGUGCCUGGUACUGCAAUCGUGGCCAGGUUUCUGUGACUGCCAAGAUUGACCGAAAAGGCUACACCCCAGGUGAGGUCAUCCCUAUCUUUGCUGAGAUUGACAACUGCACCAGCCGAGCGGUGGUGCCCAAGGCGGCCAUCAUCCAGACUCAGACCUUCAUCGCUCGGGGCACCAAGAAGCAGAAGAAGCUGGUGGUGACCAGCAUCGUCGGCGACUCCAUUGCAGCGGGGAAGCGGGAAGUGUGGCACGGGCGGGCGCUGAAGAUCCCGCCGGUGGGUCCGUCCAUCCUCCAGUGCCGCAUCAUCCAGGUGGAAUACUCCCUGAAGGUUUGUGUGGAUAUUCCUGGGACGUCCAAGCUGCUCCUUGAACUGCCGCUUGUCAUCGGAACCAUCCCGCUGCACCCGUUCGGGAGCCGCACCUCCAGCGUCAGCAGCCAGUACAGCGUCAACCUGGACUGGCUGAGCUCCAUCCCGGAGCAGCCGGAGGCUCCCCCGGAAUACUCGACGGUUGUGUCCAGCCCGGAGGCCGAGCAGAGCCUGGCUCCGCCAUGCCGCAGCGAACUCGGCGGCAUCCUGGAAGGUCCCUUCUUCGCCUACAUCCAGGAGUUUCGCUUCCGACCACCUCCGCUGUAUUCAGAGAUUGAUCCAAACCCCCCUUCAGACAACAUCCGUCCGCGCUGCAUGACCUGUUGA